AUGGCACCACCCGAACUGUCAGGCUCUGCAGCCUCUAGUACGACAGGGACUCCCGCUGGCUAUGGCAGAGCUUGCACUGCAUGUCAAAGAGCUAAAUGCAAGUGUAUCUUGAGACCUUCUGGCCAGGAUUGUGAAAGAUGCCAUCGUCUUGGCAAGCCAUGUCAGCCAAUGGCAACCUCGCGCAAACGGGUUGCGAAAAAGUCAACGUCUUCUAGAACCGCUCAGCUUGAAGAGAAACUUGAAGACCUCGUCACUAUUCUGCGCGCUUCUCAGCCGUCAAAUGGGCAUUUGCACUCCGCAGGUCCCGGUGACUCAAGCCCCUUGAUGAACUCCUCCAACAUGGGUCACCUCACUAGCCGGUUAGAAUCACUAGCAACUGCUGCAGCGUCCUCUUCCUCCUCAGAAAGUUAUCCCCGUCCGUAUCCUGUGCCUCAUAAUUAUGAUUCAAGAAGCACGGCCAAUACCCACCCCAAUACCUCCCCAUCCAGCAUUGGUGAAGAUCCCUCCGCCUCGCUUGAUCCCACCCCAGAAGAGGCCGAAAUGCAUCUGGCAAAAUUCCAACAAUGGCUGAAGAACUUUCCUUGCAUGAUUUUACCACAGGAUGUAACAGCCGCGACUCUCCGGAAGGAGAAGCCAUUCCUGUGGUUAUGUAUUAUGAACAUCACCUCUAUGUGUGUUGAGCAGCAGAUGAAGAUGAAAGAUCAAGUGCGCCAAGAAAUCGCCACGAGAAUUAUCAUAAAUCAUGAGAGAUCUAUGGACUGCCUUCAGGGACUCAUAUGUUACAUUUCAUGGGCUGCCACCACUUCAAGUCCAGGCAGGCCGUUUAUCAUCACAUUUUGCCAAAUGGCUGUCCUACUUGCAUAUGAUCUCGGUCUCACCAAAGCCCCUGUUGAAGAACAGUACUUCACAAUAUGUUUCAAGAUGUGGGGAGGACGGCCCCCUCCACCUCGGCUACGCACUCAAGAAGAAAGGCGAGCUGUUGUGUCACUGUGGUUUUUGACUUCAGUCAUGUCAUCAUUCGUUGGCAAGAUGGAUCCUCUUCAAUGGACACCGCAUAUGAGUGAUUGCCUGGAAGCUCUCGAAAGAGACAAACUAUGGCCGUCUGACGAGCUUCUGGCCGCAUUUGUAAGGUAUCAGCUUGUUGCAGAUGAGGCACAGAAACUGCUUGUUCGAGAUGUCAUGGGCGAGUCAUCUUCAGCGCCCACAUAUGUUUUCAGAAAGAGUUUACUUGCCAAACUCCAAGCAGUCCGAGACGGAUUGCCAGCGAAUAUGCCUAUAACCCCGGUUUUGCAAGCACAUUCGCUCGCGACAGAGAUUCAAAUCAACUCCGUCGGACUCUUUAUGCAAAACAUCCCAGUCAAUCAGCGAAUUGAAAGCAUGUAUUCUUGCCUUCAAGCAAUAAGAUCAUGGUACGACGUGUUCUUUGGCAUAACUCCGGAAGAAGCUCCAGGAGCACCCUUUGCAAUCUAUAUCCAGCUGUCGCAGGUUCAGAUCGCCCUCUAUCGACUCACUACGUCUGAGGAUCCUGCUUGGGACAAGGAGUUUGUCCGAAAUACAGCAGACUUACUUGUACUACUGGACCAAGUCGUUGAAUUCUUCACACGGCUGGAUUCUGUCUACAAGAUGAAAACAAGUCCAGGUGAAGAAACGGUGUUUGUUAUGGGAGCUAAGAUUAUGAACAACAUUCGAAUUUCAUGGGAACCUACACUGUCACGGCACCUCAGAAAUGCAUCUUCGAUACCGACAAAUCAAGGAGCAGGUCCGCCGAUACCAACGCCUCCUCCGCCUUCAACGGCUCAGGCAUCCAUGGACAUGGUGAACAUUAAUAUGAUUGAUUUUGGUGAUGUAACUUGGAUGGGCGACGUUUUUGGGCCAUGGGAGUUUUAG